GUUUACAGACCUGACAUCGUGAACAGUUUGUUAUGUUUUGACUCCGUUAUCUUAGUUCAGAACUCUUCAGCAAAGUGAAAGAAAAACUGUUUAUACUUCCCGUGACAAGCUUGUAAACAGGAAUGCAAAUUGGGAAAUUGCAGCUACUGAAAUAGAUCUGGAAAAAAAAAAUCGGAUUCUGGUAUAGGCAAGAUGAAACCCUUACAGCUCAUCUGUCAGAACUGCAAUAUGCAGUAUGAAAAGAUUAAGGACUUUAAAGCUCAUGUCCGGAGUUUCAGACAUAAGAAGGAAGUGACAAAACUUUUCGAUACAGUGGUACAUAAGGGACCAGUUUACUUUCCCAUAUUUGUUUUCCUGGAUUACAUAAGAAACCCAAAGCAGACUCAGCCACUCAUUGGUUUCGACAUGGUGACGAUGUUUAUUACUCCUGAAAAAAUUGGUGCCCUUUACCUGUGCCAUGUAUGUGAGGAGCAUUUAAGCACUAAUGAUGUUGUAUCACAUCUGUGCUCUGUUCAACAUUACUUCAAUUACUUGGCGAACACUAAUCCAGAGUUGCUGCAUUUUGCUUGGCUCACUGACUCCUUGGCUUAUCUGAAAACCACUGCUUCAAAAGAGUACAACACCAAUGGUUCUGGUAGCCUACGGGUUUUCGAACUGCCAAAGAUGAUGCUGAAGAGGUGUAAAAAAAUGCCAUAUCAUCAGGCCAUGUCGAUGUUUUCCAAAACAGUCAAGCUAAGAGAAUGUAUCCAAGGCAGUAUACCACGGAGGAAAACAAUUCAGGAAUACAUUGCAGACCCAGCCAGAAAGAAUCCGUUAUUGGGCCUAAACUCACUGCUUGAGUACUCUUGUCCAGGAUUUUGUGGGUAUCUCUGUGUUCUGUGCCAGAAAAAAAUUCCAGCUGUUCAAAUAAUCUCCCAUUGCAUCAGCUUUGACCAUGUUUAUUGGUAUCUGGAAGCUGCUCACCCAGGCACUUUGGACCCUCCCAAAAGCAGUUACAAUCACUUCUCCCCCAUUCUCAACAAGAAGAUUCUUUAUGUGGCCAAUCAGGCACAGACUCUCUGCCCUCCAGUGGAAAUAGAGAGUGUGCAUCUGGAUUUGGACUCCUUUAAAAUCAUUAACUCCUCAAGCUAUGCUAGCGUUCUGGAAAAUCUACAGAAAAAACGGCAAGAAAGAAACCAGAGUGAACUAAAUUUUAGUACUACACGACGAGAACGGAUCGUGUUUUCUCCAGAAGAGCAUGAGUCAUCUGUUAGCACAGCAACCACAGACAGCUCAUCAGAGCAACAAGAGAAGAAAACACAAAUGGAUUCUCCUGUCGUGCAAACUAGAGAUGAUCCACCAUGCAGAAUUUUGUGUGUCGAAUGUGACCUGACGUUAAACUUUAUAAUAGACUACAAGAGGCAUGUAAAGGAAGCGCAGCACAGACAGAAACUCAUUGAGCUUUUUGGACCAGGCCAGUACAGUGGAGCCAUCUCUCAGAUUAAACUGUACCAGUACAUGUGGAACCGCAAGGCGUCUACCCCAGUCAUAGGCCUUCCACUGCUCACUGUGUUUGUACAGAGACAAAUACAUGUUACUACACCAUUCUACCUGUGCCAUGCGUGUGAGCUUAACAUCCCUGUCUCCUCCGCGUCUUCACACGUUACAUCCGAACAGCACUGCUUAAAUGUCUUUUCAUACUCCAAACCAGACCUUGUUUUUCUUGGAUGUCGGAAUUGGCACCAGAUUGCACAAGAAGAAGAACGGUGUCAGGGAAAGCAGAAGAUGGUCCUGCAAGUGUGUGAACUUCACCGUAAGCGGUUUACAGAAUUCAGGACCCUGGCAUAUGAGAAAUUCAUGGAAACAAUUGAGAAUCACUGUCCAAAACUGAAAAAAUGUAUUCAAGUUGAGAAGCGAGUGACACUGCAGUCAUUCUCGAAAAGUUUAGAAAGAAAGUCUCCAUUGCUUGGUCUGCACUUCAUGGUGAAAUAUACUACAACCCAGCAUUAUUUCAAAUGCAGUUAUCUGUGCUUGCUGUGUGAAAAGAUACUUCCAGAAAGGCAUGCCAUUACCCAUGUUUUGAGCUUUCCACACAUAUAUGCAUAUCUUGAUAUGGCCCAUCCUGGUUCCUUGAGGAAAGAAGAUUCGGAGCAGGUGUCUCUUAUCUUGGACUUGGCACAGCAGGCAGAGAAAAUCACUCCUAAUAUGACUCUAUGGGAAGUGGACAUGAGCAUUGGAAUGUUUAACAAAAUUGAAAAAAGCUCCUAUAUGUCUGCUGUGAAUGUGCUGCAAGAGGUUUUUAAAGACAAAGGACUGGGAGAACUCAAGCCUUCUGUUGUUCCUGGAGCAAGAUUAGUCUCUACAUUUAAGAUAAACAAGGAGAAUACCUCUUCAGGUGAACUACACGGGCAUACAUCAUCAGACACAGAGAAACUGAAAAUUGAUGAAACCUGCACCAUUACACCCAUGCCAAAAACCGAAGAGAAAAUGAAUUCAGAAAGCCCUGAUCCCUUAAAUACAGCACAUGAAGAGCUUCUGAAAACCACAUGUAUAUCCUCAAUGCAAGUACAGGAUGCUGAACCAUCAUUAGCAACAACAGAUUUGAACUUGAAAACUUCAGACCCUCAAAUUCCUUUCUUAAACGAUGAGCAAUCUGAGCCCCUGAAAUUAGUCCAGAAGACUGUGAAUCAAGAAGAACGUUCUGACCACAGCUCCACAGUGGAUGAUUUAACUGUAAAACUUCAAGACUCAAGUGUACCUGAACUUCAAGACUCAAGUGUACCUGAACAGCAGAGUACAGACCUGGGAAAACCUGCCCUGCAGCUGGAGGCUCUGCAGGAGCCAGUGCAGGCUCCAGCUUGCUUGAAUCCAGCAGAUCAUCAGACCCACUCAAAUUGUUCUGAAAUCGAGCGCUACCUGAAGACACCUCACAGACAACCUGUAAUAGGUUUAAAAACUGUGAUUGAAUGUUGCAGUGUUGGUCAACAACCAUUCUACAUGUGUGUCACAUGUGUAGAAAGAUGUGAGGAGAGCGACAUAAUAAAGCAUCUUUUGAGCCACGAACACAGACUCCAAUAUCUGGAAUCUAUAGGAAUCUGUGGUCCUGAGCCAGGCAAAGAAAAAGUGAUGCCUGAAUGGUUGCAAGCCCAAGCAGAUAUGGUAGAGAAGACGCAAGGAUGUGGAAAGGCAGAGACACUGAAGCUGGAUGCUAAAGAUUACCAUGAAAUCUUCACUGCACCCAUUGUAACUGCUUUGGAAAGUCUAAGGCUUUCGAUCUUCAAGUUGGCAUCUGAGAUUGAUGCAGAAAAACCAUACCUAAAAAGUGAUGAGAACCAUGGAUCUGAAACAUUCAAAAAGGCAAGAGAAACUGAAGAAAAGGACAGUCCACAUGCUCAUCAAAAAAAAACUGUGAGGUUCACAGAGCCUGACACAGAGCCUGGAACUCCUAAACAAAAUUCUGAUGAUCCUGCUCGAAGUUCACCACAUUUAUGGUCUUACCUCACAAGCGAAACUCGAACAGAGCCUGUAAUCGGUUUGAGUAUGAUCACAGAAUAUCGUAAUCCCAAUGGUGCAAACUCCUUUCUGUGCUCCUGCUGCAAUGUAAUUCUUUCCACACAAAGUUACAUGGGCCACCUGAUUAGCUCCUGGCACCGCUUCAAUUACAUUAAAAGUAAGGAUCCAGAUUUUGUUGUGGCCGGGAAAGAGGAAAUCAAAAUUGCAGAGCUCCGAAAGAAAGCACAGAUUUUACAGGACAGUGAGGGCUGGGGAUGCCUCAAGGUGGUAGAUAAAGAAAGUAAGCAGCCUAAAAAAAAGACACAGCAGGCAUCAGGAGAUGUUGAAAAAGAGACUCCAGACAAUGUCCAGAAACAGGAGCCAUCUGAAAUCAUCUGUUAUACUGAGCCACAGGACCUUGUGCCAAAAGACCAGACCAGUCAGCCAAAACCUACAAAACAACAGAACGAGAAGAAAACUAACAGUGCUGAACUCAAUGCUGUAACUGAUUCUGAAGACUCUGUUAACACCCAGAAACUAGAGCCAUCGCAAACUGGAUAUGAUACAGGCGAGGAAAACGUGCUGAGAGAGCCACAAGACCAUAACCUUGUGCCAAAACCUUCAAAAAGCCAGAUAAAGAAGAAAUUAUCCAAACACCAUGCUGUGAUUGGAUUGAAUUUUGUUACUUGUGUGCAUCAUGACAAAAAGAAGCUGUUCUUCUGUGAACUGUGCUCUGCCCGAGGUCAUUUUGACCACUUGUCUAGUGAGACUCACAGGAAAGCCUAUGUGGAACAUAAAUAUCCUGGUUGUACUGCAACUGGCACAAUUAUGAAGAAGCAGCUGAAUAAGAUAGCAUUGAGUUUAGCCACAGUGGAGAGAAGCACCGGGAUAGGAAUGAAGAAACUGAAUGUCACUGCUCAAGUCUUUACGGCCUUGCGUACUGCUCCUCUCAGUGAAGCCCUGAGUCACCUAAAACUGCUGCUGACAAAGCCAGAAGAUGGAGUUGACCUGAAAGCUUGUAUUUCCCAACCUGAACCUAGCACCUUCACAGAACAUAGUGUUUUCAACAAUUCUGUUCAUCAUAUGAUAUGUUCUGCUGCAGCUGUCCACUCCAUGCAGCAGGAGAAACCCCCCUUGCUGGAGAAUCAUUCAUGUCCAGGUGAAAUUCCUAUUCCUCGAAAUUCAGCUUACUCUUGCCGCACCUCUCCUCUGAUUUCAUGCUGUCCUUUCUCUGUCCCUAUCCCAUUUAUUCCUAAUUCAUCCACCUUUUCUAGAACUGUCUCUUCUCCUUUCCUGUCCUCUACUGACCUACAUGCUCCCGCCUACCACUCCAAACACAUAUCUACUCCACCACCACUACUUUCCAGCACCAAUUCUUCUACCGUUCCUUCAUCAACUUUUGUCCAUAUUUCACAUCCUCUCUCCUCUCAACCGGAACGUCCUGUUCAGUGUGUGCUUAUACCCCAUCUCGAGCAUGAAACCGUAUCACCUCUAUCUGCAUCAGACUGCCAGGAUGUAACCAAUAUUGCUCCUUUAUAUUCAUGUACGCUUCCAACUCCUGUAAAACUGACUUAUCUCAUGGGAUGUGAAGAACCUACAGAUGUUACAGGUGCUGUUCAAGAGACAGUCCCUGGUGUCUCAACUCUGUUUGCUGAGUCUAAAGGAGCAAUUGUAGGCAGACACUUCAUGAUGGAACAGAGUAACGCCUUCAGGUUUCUAAACGUAAAGGGACUUUUGGCUAAAGAUCCAAUUAUAGGUCUGUCUAACGUAUGGGAGUGCCGAAGAAUUUCACAGCCAACUUUUUUCCUGUGUCUAAACUGUGCUGAGAAAGUUAGCAGAGAGAAGUUUUGUAACCAUAUGAUCAGCGAACGACACCAACGCUUAACCAUUGAAACUCAGUAUCAAGAGGAAUUUCAUCAAUGGCAGAGGCAUUCUGUCCAUCAGAUGACCUUUCGUGACUUGGCUAAGACCCUGGCAUUGAAAGAGAAGGGGUUUGAUGCUAAGGUCUUCAAGUUGAACAAACCCCAGUACGAAUCUGUGACUUCAGCAGACUUCCAUGAUGCAUUUGUAAUACUAAAGAUGAUGGAUAUGAGUGCCCAGCCUUCACACCCUGCAGGCCAGAAUCAGAGAAGCAAUGAAAUCUCUACGGCAAGGUCACCAUCAGAGUGUGUAGAGGCUGAAAAAGAAAGAGAUGAUCAGUCCCAUCGAAGCUGUGAAAACGCAACACAAAUUCAAGAACUUCACAGUAGUCAAGUAGAAAUCAGAGAAUUUUAUAAUGAUAGAAACAGUACAGCAUACACCAGCUUACAAAGUCAAAGCUCUCCAAAAGCCUUGCCAGAGAGUAAGGCUCAAACACCACAGCCCCAACAUCAAUCUGUGGUAAUAAUUGAUCUGACAGCUAAUUCUAACAGUGAAAAACCUACGUCCCACUUUCCUAAGCCAAUAACUAAAAGGACAACGAAAAUCCCUGCUACAGAAACUCAAGAGUCAGCCACAGCAGGUUUACAUGAAAGAAUGCCGGCUCACACAUUUCCUCAUACAACCACAAUCAAGCCGGAGAAAAGUGACCAUGAGCAAGGGAAUUCCCCCAAGCACACUGAUUUGAAUUAUAUCACCAAAAAUAAAACAGAGGCCGAUGCAUUGGUUGGUCUGAGUGCAGUGAUUGAGUGCAGAAAUGAUGGUCAGGCUUUGCUGGACUUGUGUGUGUCCUGCUCCACCAUAAUCGAACCUAAACUCAUCAACUACCACCUUGUAAAAUCUGGCCACAGAUAUAAUUACCUGAAAAGACGUUACCCACAUAUGUUUGAAGACUGGUCUGAUUCUGAUAGUAGACGUGAGAACUCCAAGAAGCUAAUGAAAUUUGCUCACAAAGCAAAGGUGGCCAAUGAGGAUGAGCCUGGUGAUCCACAGGUGAUGGAACUAAACUGUGAUGACCUAAAGGAAGUAAAAGCUAUGUCAUAUGAUAAAGCCAUCAUACAUUUGCAGAAAAUCAGAAAAGGGAAGAAACUUCGUGCUCUCAAAACUUGCAUUUCUCCCAAGAUCAAAAAAAAAUUAAUAAAACAGGAGAGAAUGGAAACAGACAUAACCCAAUAUUCACAACAGCAACCUGGUAUGAUUUCACAUGGACCAAGGAGAGCUUUAAAGCGCAGAGCUGUUCAAGAAGAUUUACCAGUUCAGUCCUUUCCAGGGAAAAAACAAUGCUCUGAUGUGCCAUCCAGCCUUUUGAAACAGUUCCCUACCAUGGGGAAAAACCAGGAAACAUCAGAUUCAUCAAUAAAGCAAAGCAUGAUCUCAGGUAGUGAUUUAGGCAGUGAUACACAGUUCCAGCAGGAGUCCUCUAUUUUGACCACAGCCAAUCCUAAUAGAUCUUUAUACUUUAUUCCAACAACAGAUCCAAAGUCUUCUAAAAGUAUAAACCCCAAUUCUCAUACUUAUAAAAGAACUACAUCCAUGCACAAAAAUGUGCUUAAAAACUGUGAAAAUCAGGACACCUCAUCCUCCAUUACUGCACCUCAGCAAAAGGACUCGUUUCCGAACACAAUUAGUGCUCUCUCGUCCAUGAAGGGCCAAGAAAUUGCUCGGCUGUCUGAACGAGCUUCAGUGAGCAAGAGUUUAAGAGGGAAUGCCUGGAAUUAUGAAAAUCGACAGUUCAGCCCUGAAACAGCCAGUAUGACCAUUACAAACACAGUAGCUGAAAAUUCUGCUGAUACUGGAGUUUUAAAGCAGCAGUUCAUUGCAUCCUCAGUGCACAAUUACAACAGGAACAUUCCAGAUAAAUUUCUGGUAUCCAAUCAUGGCGGAGCGACUUCUAUCACCAGUCAAGUGACGCCUGAUUAUGCAAUGACUCAUCAAUAUCCCAUGUAUAAGCAUACUGAAUACCCUUCGAAUACAUUUAAUACAGCGGCAUCUGAUUAUCUGCCAGUACGUGAAAGGGCCAUGAAUUAUGAAUCGGCGGCCCCAGGUAUUUCUACAAAUGCUACAGAUUUAAUGAAUGCAAACUCUGCACAAACAUCACAUACAGAUUAUCAAGGUUUACCAGUAUAUCAACAGAUUCACGACCCAGAGACAUGUCAAGCCUACUAUGCUCGCUAUUCUUACAAUCAGGCUCUUCACACUAACCAAACAGCAGCAGAUGAUGAAAAUGUCACUUCCACCCCUGCACUUGAACAUGGUGUUUACCCACUGGCUAGCUGGCCACAAAAAAAGAACUGAAGAAGAACCUGCCAAAGUAAAGGACUUCACAAAUGCUGAUUAAAAACAAAGUAAACAGCGAAAACAAGCAUUAAUCAUUUAUUUUCAAAUAUGACCUACUUUUUCAGUUCUAAGUCAUUUAUAUAUGGUCUCAUAUUUCUGUUCUGUACAUUAGUCUGUAUAAUUGUUUCAUGGCCAGCUGUUAUAAAUUCAAUGAAUAUUAGAGAUACAUGCGAUGUUCUGUAAAAUUCUCUGUAUUUGUAUUUUAUUGGCCACAUGAGCCUGUCUUUGUUUAUAAAAGACAAUACUGUUUUGAGUUUUUUUAAAUAGUUUUACCUUGACUGUUAUGAAUGAAUAUUAUUUUGAAAGCAUUUACAUGUUUGCAGAUUUGGAAGUUUGUG